CCCCCGUCACCCUCUCACCCCCCACUCCCUCUCUCUCUCUCUCGCCGUCUGCCGUCCAGCUCUCCCACUCCGCUCACUCAUAGGGAUACACGCUCAGCCACUGGAGCACAACAAAGGCUUGGCAUCGCACAGAGCAGGCAGGCGCUCCCACCACUUUAUUUCCUUUUGCGACUUUGAGAUGAAACAUUUACAAGCCAAGACGCCGGCUGAUUGUGGGUUACGUUGCCGAGCAGCAUAAAAGUUUGAUAUAGGCUUUAAUUGGGCUUGAUUGGGUGCCUUGGCAAAGCUGAGAAUCUCUUUGUUCGCGGGAUUAAAGACAAAGACGGAUGCAAAGAUUCCCAUGAAGCAGCUUCGCUUCCCUCCCGCCCCCACCUGCCCGUCAACCGGCUCCAUUCUUCAACUUGACAUCAUCCUUCCACCCAGACGAGAGGAAGAGGAGGAGAGGACGAGGGCGGCGGAGGUGGGGAGGCGAGGCGGCGGCGCAGAGGCAGAGCGGAGCGAGCGCCGGUGAGGAGGUGGGCUGCGCGCUUUCAGCUCUCACGGCCGAGGGGGGGGGGGGGAGUGACGGCGGCUCCAACUUGGCUGCGAGUGAGAUGAGAUUCGGGGAGGGGACGCCGGUGCUCCGCGGGGUACGACGUCUGACGAGAGCCCUGACACCGGACCAGCCACAGCUGAAGGAUGAGGGGGCCGGACUUUCGCCUUAGUUGCCAGGGACGCGCGUGCCCAACGGGGAGGCAGCCCCUUCCAGCAUGUCCAAUGCUAUGUUCCUCCUGAUGCUUUGCAAGAUUGGUCUACGGCGAAAACUGCAGACUUUUCCAGGGAAAAUGGUAAACACUGUCUACAGUGAUGAGGAAAAGGGAUCCCAAGACAAGGAAAGUAAGGAGGAGACCAUCUUGGCCAUGCUGGGCAUCAUCGGGACCAUCCUCAACUUGGUCGUCAUCAUCUUUGUCUACAUCUACACCACGCUGUAGGUCCUGAACUCUGACCUUCUGCACCACUGGCGUGCUGAUGGAUGCGACGGGAGGAGGAGGAGGAGGAGGAGGAGGAGGAGGAGGAGGAGGACGCUGCAGGGCUUCAGGCGAUGCAGGGAGGCCCGCUGGCUCCUCCAGCGCUCACAGGUACAAUCACCCAGAGCAUCCGGAAAUGUUUAGUCUGUACAUAGACGCGUGGCGCUGAUGCAGGACGCUGGGAAGAUGCAGCUGUCUCCUUCGCAGGGACUGGAAGGACUGCAGAGACAGCACGGACACGUUGUUGGUUUUUUUCAGACGUUAUUUCCUGGAUUAUUAGAUAAAUGAUGUGAUUUGCUUCCGCGAGUUGAACAAUGAACCUGUACAGAGAACUUAUAGACCGAUACCUUUUUAUUAUGUCUUGUUGAAGAUGAUCUCAUGCGCAUUCACAUUAUGAGUAAUUAUCUGGUUUCGCUCUAAAACAUCAUUGGACUUUAUUUAAUCAAAGAGAACGAACGUGAGGACAACACUGGCUUUAAACCAGUUUAAGGAGCAGUUUAUCUACAUACAGUUGUUGAAGAUUACUUUAAUGCAUCGCUUCAGGCUUUAAGGCUCAGUCACUUUGAAACAUGACAAACAGUGUUUUUCUACCAGGCAGACUGACAGACUCAGUCUGUUCCAUGGGACAUAAUGCGACCACUCAUUUUUGUACAUAGAGUUUGCUGAGCGUAGGCGCUGCCAAUAGCUCCUAAUGAUUGUUUGCCUUAAAACAUGGGGAAAUUGCUAUUUCCACGAUGUGUAAAGUUAUCAGGUUAUUACUACUUUGUUAAAGGUUUCACUUCUUGUAUAUACACUCUAAAGCUCAGAUUGGUAAUUUUAUAAAUUUUGUCUUAACAGACAUGCAAAACCUGUGAGUUUUUAAAUAGUGACUCUGUGACGUUUGAGUUCUUUCCAGACCUGCUGUUCAUUUCUUCCUUUUGUGUUCUGUGAGAUGGGCGAGCGUUUGAGCCCACAGGACAUUACUGUGAACGUUAUGGGACGUGAGCACUAGAAGUUUUACCUUUGGGAUAAAUGACUUCACCGGCACUGUGUCAUGCUGUACGUCCUCGUCGUCUUCCCCCUCAUCCAUCUGGGCGUUGAGGCACUUUUUAACAAAGGAUUUGUGUGUUUGGUUCAGGACUGGAGAUAAGAAAACACUUUUACAUUUGAGGAAAAACAUCCCAGAAGAAGUGAUUCUUUCCUCUGACCGGAAUCUGGGCCUGGUGGUUUCAGUGUGAAUAAACCAAUUCAUGUCAGGUUGUGUGAUGUUUAGAGUUUUGAAUUACUUUAUGUGUAGGUGGCCUCCAAUAUGAUUUAUACUCAGUUUAUGUGAAUUGAGGGACUAGUUCAACAUUAAUGAAAAGAAAACACUGUGUUUGAGGCUGUUUGUGUUGAGUUAAGCAGCUUCUGAUUUACAGUAGCUUCACAUUUGUUGGUCUGAUGUUAAAGUGGUCCUGUGUCCUUUCUCAUUCCUCCCAAAUGUCCAACCAAUCCCUUAACGAACGAAGCAGCAGGAGAAAGGGUGAUGUACAGUGUGUGGAGAAUGUAAGGCGGGACGACAUGUUGCAUUAUGCGUGUUUUCUAUAAAAGUGCCUGAGAUCCAAGCGUCUUGACCUGACCAGUCCAAGGGGAACACGACCACUGGAACCAGUGGAAGGAAGAAACGCUUGGAUUUCUACUUCGUGGCUUAGUCAGUGACAUCAGCCAUUGUUUUGUUCUGGGUUUGGUGCUCGUACUCGUUUUACAGAACAUGGAAGAGGAACGCAUAGUAAGCACAUGGACAAGUCUUACGAAUGUAUUCAUAUUUGAUGUAAGAGUUGAUUAUUCCUGUUAUUUUACCGCUUACUUUCCUGAAGCUAUGUAAUCUGAAUUAAAUCUUCCGUUUUCCUGUGUAUGCUAAUCUAUUUAAACUGGACGGCGUCUUGUUAGUGACUAAUGGAAGGGUGACAUGUUUCUCAGCCUGCAGUUUUGUUAUAAAUAUUAAAUAAAUACAUCUUGAAAUGGAUAAA